AUGCUGUGGCAGCCUCUCCAGCGUCGACUCCUUCUUGCCCAAGCGCAUCGCGAGGCUGUCCGGCCUGAUCGAUAUGCCCGAUGUCGGCCGAGCCUAUCGUUCGUCAGCCAGACACGCGUGCUCUCUAGUUCCUCCACCAGAUUCCCAACCUUCUCACAAUUUAACCGGUCAGAUUUCACAACUCAGCCAUUCACUGGUAGCUAUGAGACUGGAUUGCCGACCACUGGGCCCCUAGGCUCCACACCAGCGUUUGGUGCCCCGAGGAUUACUCCCAAGGUGUUGAAGCAGUAUUUGGAUCAAUAUGUCGUGGGACAGGAUCGUGCGAAGAAGGUACUGAGUGUGGCGGUCUAUAAUCACUACCAGCGAGUACAGGAGAUCCAGCGUCGAGAGGAGGAAGCGGAAGAAUUGCUGGCUAAACGGCAGCGGAGGGAGGCACUGGGGAGUCAUCCCUUGGAAGAUGAAUUUCCCGGCCAGCAACGAACCGUUGGUGUUCCUACUACCUCCAAACCACGCCAGAACAGCCUGCUGGAUCAUGGCGAACUGGUCGACACAUCCCCAUUACAACUUGACAAGUCAAACAUCCUACUUCUAGGGCCAUCCGGUGUCGGCAAGACGUUGAUGGCAAAAACACUUGCCCGUGUUCUUUCCGUGCCAUUUAGCAUCUCGGACUGCACACCGUUUACGCAGGCUGGAUAUAUUGGCGAAGAUGCCGAAACAUGCGUCCAUCGGCUUCUAGCCGCUGCGAACUAUGACGUCGAGCAGGCGGAGCGAGGUAUCAUCGUGCUUGACGAAGUGGACAAGAUCGCGGCGGCCAAAGUGAGCCACGGCAAGGAUGUGGGUGGCGAGGGAGUUCAGCAGGCUCUCCUCAAGAUUAUCGAGGGCACCACUGUGCAAGUGCAGGCCAAACCAGAAAAGAACCCUCGUUCAACCAGCCCUCCAAACUCCUACCCAUCGAAUAGCCCGCUGGGUACCACUCCUUUUCAGCCGCACAAUAAUACUCCGGCAGCGAAGGGGGAGGUCUACAAUGUGCGCACGGAUAACAUCCUGUUCGUGUUCUCGGGCGCAUUCGUGGGGUUACACAAAGUUGUCAUGGACCGAAUCUCGCGUGGCUCGAUGGGAUUCGGCCAACCAGUUCGAGGAUCAUCAAUUUUAGGUGGUCUCCCUGGACCAUCUGAUGCAUCACCCGAUCAGCCCCAGCCAAUCUUACCAGGAUCCGAAGAGGAAGCAUUAUACAAGAAACACCUGCCCUUCUUCACCUCAGCAUCUCCAACCACACAAAACAGCGAACCCACAUAUUUCAAUGCCCUCGACCUUCUGACCCCCACAGACCUGCAAAGCUACGGAUUCAUCCCCGAACUGAUUGGCAGGAUUCCCGUCACCGCCGCUCUGUCAACACUAACACAGCCCUUACUUCUACGCAUCCUCAACGAACCCCGCAAUUCCCUCCUAGCUCAAUACACAACCCUCUUCUCCCUCUCAGGCAUCGAGCUACGCUUUACAACGCCGGCGUUACACAAGAUCGCAGCCAAUGCUUUCAAAAUGGGCACGGGAGCACGCGCCUUACGCACAGAAAUGGAAACAAUCCUCAGCGACGCCAUGUUCGAGGCCCCCGGUUCCAGCGUAAAGUUCGUGCUGGUAACUGAGGCUGUGGCCAACCGCCAAGAGCAGCCGAUAUAUCUUGCCCGUGGCCAGGGAGGUAAAUUCCACGCCAUGAUAUCUGCGGAGGAAAGCGAGUGGGAGGAGAAAAUGCGGCCUGAUAAGAAGACGGAGAAGAAAGCCAAGCCCCAGGCUGAUGUUGACAAUGCGCAACAUGCAUCGAACUUUCAGGAAUAUCGCAAGCGAGCAAUUGGUUAG